CAUGUACGCGGGGCUGCAGGAGCUGGGGGUGGCCAACGGCGAGGACCUGAAGGAGACGCUGACCAACUGCACGGAGCCGCUGAAGGCCAUCGAGCAGUUCCAGACAGAAAAUGGAGUGCUCCUGCCCUCGCUGCAGUCGGCCCUGCCCUUCCUGGACCUCCACGGCACCCCCCGGCUGGAGUUCCACCAGUCGGUUUUCGACGAGCUGAGGGAGAAGCUGCUGGAGAGGGUCUCAGCCAUCGCUUUGGAAGGGAAGGUUGAGGAGAGAUACAAGAAGCUGGAAGAUCUCCUAGAGAAGAGCUUUUCCCUGGUCAAGAUGCCUUCCAUACAGCCUGUGGUAAUGUGUGUCAUGAAGCACUUGCCCAAGGUCCCUGAAAAGAAGCUGAAGUUAGUAAUGGCCGAUAAGGAUUUGUACAAAGCAUGUGCAGUGGAGGUGAAGCGCCAGAUUUGGCAGGAUAACCAGGCGCUGUUUGGUGAUGAGGUAUCUCCACUGCUGAAGCAAUAUAUCCUGGAGAAAGAAAAUAUUCUCUUCAGCAAUGACAUUUCUGUCUUGCACAAUUUCUUCAGUCCGUCUCCCAAAACAAGACGUCAAGGAGAGGUGGUUCAGAAGCUGACCCAGAUGAUUGGGAAGAACGUGAAGCUCUAUGAUAUGGUGUUGCAGUUUCUGAGAACUUUGUUCCUUCGGACAAGGAAUGUUCAUUACUGCACACUACGGGCAGAGCUCCUGAUGUCGCUGCAUGAUCUGGAAAUCAGUGAAAUCUGCACCGUUGACCCCUGUCAUAAGUUCACCUGGUGCCUUGAUGCUUGCAUUCGGGAGAAGUUUGUGGACAACAAGAGAGCUCGGGAACUGCAAGGGUUUCUGGAUGGAGUGAAGAAAGGACAAGAACAAGUGUUGGGGGACUUAUCAAUGAUCUUGUGUGAUCCCUUUGCUAUUAACACCUUAGCCUUGAGUACCAUACGGCACCUGCAAGACCUGGUUGGGCAGGACACCUUACCCAGGGAAAGCCCGGAUCUGCUGCUGCUCCUUAGGAUGCUGUCUUUGGGACAGGGGGCCUGGGACAUGAUUGACAGUCAAGUCUUCAAGGAACCAAAAAUGGAAGCUGAGUUGAUCACAAAGUUCUUGCCUAUGCUGAUGUCCUUUGUGGUGGAUGACCACACGUUCAAUGUAGAUCAGAAACUGCCCUCGGAGGAGAAGGGACCAAUUCCCUACCCCAGCACCAUUCCUGAAGCUUUCACCAAAUUCUUGCAGGAGAACAGAAUAGCUUGUGAGAUUGGGCUGUAUUACAUCCUUCACAUCACCAAACAGAGGAACAAGAAUGCUUUCCUUAGGCUCCUGCCAGCACUAGUUGAGACAUUCAGUGACUUGGCCUUCAGUGAUAUUUUUCUGCAUCUGCUUACUGGUAACCUCACGCUGCUGGGUGAUGAAUUUGCACUCGAGGAGUUCUGCACCAGCCUCUUUGAUGGCUUCUUUCUCACUGUCUGCUCAAGAAAGGAGAAUGUACAUAGACAUGUGCUAAGACUGCUGCUUCAUCUGCAUCACAAAGUGGCGCCUGCCAAGUUAGAGUCUCUCCAGAAGGCUUUGGAACCCACCAAGCAGAGUGGGGAAGCUGUGAAGGAGCUUUAUAACCAACUCACUGAGAAACUGGAGCUUCGCAAGCCUAGUCCAGCAGAAGUGACUGAGACUCCCUCCAUGGAACUGCCCUUGCCUACUGUGCCCACACCAGCCUCACGCUGAGCUAUGUCUAUAGUGCAGGAGUGAGACAGGAGAACUACUAACCUAGCGCCCUGCAGCGUGAAGGCACUGUACUGCCUUUCAAAUGUCUCUGCCUACAGGGUGGAAGCAAAAAAAAGCCCCUGAAGCUCUUUCAGGAAACACUGCAGUUUACCCAACUCACUGGCUCCUGCUGGUUAGAAAACUCUGUAUGCAGUGCAUUGCAAAGGUUUACUUUUCUUAAAGAUAGCUGAGUGUCUUCUUGUAGAUCCACUUAAAAAUCUGACUGUACAUUUUUUUUCAAAAAGAAAAUGCAUAU